GAAAGAAAGAAAGAAAGAAAAGGAAAAAGUCCCGAAGGCUCAAACUGAUGAUGGGUCUGAAGUUCUUGCUACCGAUUUUGAGCGUCUUGUGUUUGGUCGCAGCCGCUACAAAGCAGAACUGUGGGAAGCGGAAACUGGCAGGGCCGCCUGGGGCAUCCCGGAUAAUUGGUGGCCGAGAUGCCACUGAGGGAGCAUGGCCCUGGCAGGUCAGCAUCCAGUUCCUGGGCACGCACUUCUGCGGAGGGACGAUCGUCGGCAGGACGUGGGUUGUCUCUGCAGCGCACUGCUACCACAAUUACAUAUGGCACAGCAGCUUCCUGACCGUGUUGGUGGGAAUAACAGCGCUGUCCAGGCCUGGGCCUCACUCCCAGAGACGGGGUGUCAAACACAUCAUCGUGCACGAGAACUACAACUUCAACACAUCCAACAACGACGUGGCUCUCCUGCUGCUCAAGACCCCCAUCGUCUUCACAGACUACGUCCAGCCGUGUUGCUUUCCGAUGAGCAUGAACCAUCAGGUCGCCCUCAACCUGAGCAACUGCUUCAUCACCGGCUGGGGGAGCAUCAACUACAAAGGUGGAGCAGUGGACACGCUGCAGGAAGCUGAGCUGGAGCUCAUUGAGACGGUCAGGUGCAACCAGAGACACUGGUACAACGGGUUGAUCACAGAAAACAUGCUGUGUGCAGGAACGCUCUCCGGAGGAGUCGACACUUGUCAGGGCGACAGCGGAAGUCCACUGCAGUGCUACAGUGAGAAAGACGACAGAUACUACCUAAUAGGAGUGACGAGCUUCGGGGAGAAUUGUGGACACCCCCACAGACCAGGAGUCUAUUCGAAAACCAGCGCGUUUGGGACGUGGUUUAUAGAAAAUCAGCUGAAAGGUAGAGCUUCUUCACACAUGCUCUCCAGCACGCUGAUAUUAGUUCUGACAUUUGCUGCCUUGACAUUGUUCUGAGACAUUCGCUCUUUUUUUUCUUUUUUUUUUUUUUUGCAAAAGACAGACUCACUAAACCACUAUGCAAACAUGAGCUGUGCGUGCUGUCUUUAUUUUACAAAUGUUUGAAAACGUUUCAAUGUUUUUGGUUCGUUUAUAAUUUACGGUUGAUUCAAAAGGUUGCUCGCCCCUAAUGCUUUUUUUUUUUUUUUUUUUUUACAAAGCAAUGAUGAUCAACAAAAUUGAGCUUUUUGACUAAAAAAUUUCCCAAAAAAAAAAUCCGAGAUGAACUGGCUUAAUGUGGCGGUUUUCCUCUGCUUUAUAAAGAACCAGAAACAGCGACCCCUGGUGGUAGAAAGGCGGUAUUUAGUAAGCUCUACAGACUCAUCAGGAUAGAAGAGAAAAAAAGCCAGAAGAAUGUAUGACAAAGCAAUUUUAUUCGACAUGAAACACAUCCAAUGACAGAGUGACAGUGUUUUUAUUUUUUAUAAGACAUGUUAGAGGUUAUCGCACCACUGACUAGUCCAGAAUGUGUUUUUGCUGCAGCUCAACGAUGCAUAGUGGACAGACUGUUUGUUGAGGUAUACAGAGUGGACCCUUGACUGUUUUUCUUUUUUUUUUUUUUAUUUGUGUGAAAUGAUCCCUUUUCUUUGCCUCAUCUCUACAUUUUGUGCUUAGAACAACUUUGGAGGUGUGAAAUGUGAAUUUUCAAGUGGGGAUAAAAAAAAAAGAGCAAAAGAUGAGACGGGUUGCAUCGUUUCUGUCGAGAUUUUUGCAUCGGAUCUUAAGAGCUGAUAAAAACUGACAAUGAAAAACAACGCAAGCUCUGACAAAGUGAAAGUCUUCAGGAGCUCAAACGGAAACGUUUACUUCCAGACCAACAAGGACAUCCAGGAUGAAACCUUUUUGCAAUGACGUUGACGGAUAUAAGUCUGUGUAUGGCACCUUACUGAAUAGCACCAAGGUCUAUUGAAAAGGCUUGAAGGCCAACAUGAAAUUAGAAAACUUUAUUAAAAGUCGUUGGAGUGAAACAGUGGCGACAAAAGCAAUUAUCACACAGUUAUUCAUGAGAAACCAAAUGAGUGGCUCGCGUACAUGUCCUCGGCGAAGAGUGGUCUGUGGUUGUGUCGCUGCUGUAGAAAUCAAACAGCUCCGAAUGAAAAAUGCAUCAAGAGGGGAAAAUAUCAAUUAAACCCCUAAAAAUAUAUUAAAUCCCAAACGUGGAUGGAAAGAGUAAAAAUACAGUGGAGGCGACAAUUACAAAAAAAUGCUUGUUUUUUUUUAAAUAUUCAAUUGUUUGGGAUUCUUACAGAAGAUGAAUCUUGUUGCACCUUAAAAGCCAAAUAUCACUGUUAGACACACACACACACACACACACUCUCUCUCUCUCUCUCUCAAGGACACACCCACAUAUGUCAAAUGAUAUUGGGAAAGUGCACAUUGUUUCUGUUCCCUGUCUUUUUCAAUGAGACGUCAUUUAACACGCAAUGCAAAAAGAAACCCGGUCAAGUAUGAAAGAUCAGUCAAGUUUUUAUCUACAGACUCCGUCGCCAUGUACACGGUAACACUAGUAAUACAGUAUCUCACUUCUAAAAUACAGUAUACAGACAUUUUUUAACCCUUAUCUAUUGUACUAUUUCCUUUAAAAAGUCUACUGCCAUUUUUAAAUGCAGGUUUCAUAGGGAUUUGCUCCUGUUUUUGUUCCCCCUCAGUGUUACAGACAUUUGGAAGGAUUUGGUUUAAAUAUGAAUUCAGAGUUUUUUAAAUAAAAAAAUAAAAAAAAGAGGCUUGGAAAUAAGGUCAACCAGAACAAGACAGCCCUCUUUCUGAAGGACAGAGAUGUUAAUGUGCUUUCAAACGUAAAAAGAAGAAUCAGAAAAGAACCUUAAAAACACUAAAUAAAAUCAUGUGGAAGCUCCACAGGUUUUUAAUAAGGCAAAAGUUUUCUCCACACUCCUCGCAUGUUGUUCUCUCUUAAAAUUCAAUAGUUUAUAAAUCAGAAAUGUCUCGGAGGUAAAAAGGCACUACCCUGCCUUCUGAUCAUCUACACGUUAUUUAUGGACUGCGAGAGAAAGCUGGUAGGAUUUCUGAUUCGCCUCUGCGCUCGGGUUUGAUCGGUCAUGGCUCAAAUCUGCACCUCGAGAAAAACCAGAGGGUAACUAAAACGGAAAUCACGAGUCAUGAAAAUGUGAUGAUUUAUAAGCUGGUUUGUGCCUCUCAUAAGUAGCCGCAGCUGGAACAAGCCAAGCAUCAUGUAAUGUGGGAAUUAGCACACGACUGGAAGAAGUCGAUCUUUAAUGUCCACAUAUUUUUCCUCAGACCGUUUUGAUCCUUUAGCUGGCUGCAGAUUUCUAAAAAGAGUUUUCAGUAAACUUAAUUAGCGUUGUGGCUAAUAAGAGGCUAAAAUCUUUAACUCUGUUCCCGAUGUUGGCUCUGCUUGUGACCUGGUGGCUUAUGUCUGUUUACGUUUCUUCUACUAGCCUGUAUGCAGACAUCUGCUGUACUUCCAAAAUGCAUGCACACCUAAAUGUCAGAAACAUCUGCAAAUCCCACAAAAAACAGACGUUUCAAAGUAAAAAAAAAAAAAAAAACAAACAAAAAAAACUUCUUAGACAAUCACAGUUUUCCUAUCUUAACUCAGCAAGUCCUUACACACUGAAAAACAAGAAAUCCGAUUUAUUUUCUCUAAUCCAGGUUUGUGAGUGAGGGAAUGGUUGGGGUCUUAUUUUUUCCACACACAAAUGUAAUUCAAGUGUAUUUUAGGACAUUUUGAAGGCCGACGUUCGUUCCUGCAGGCUGAAGCAGAACGGGUGAGGAGGUGAGAGCCGCAGUGCACCUGGUGGGGAGUCACAGAGCCGAAACGGGAUUCGCUGGUGGCACUUCUUUUUUUUUUUUUUUCUUUUAAUACUGAUGUGGAUUUGCUCCUGUGGAAGCGGCAGCAGCAGAUGUGGGCAGUGGGGUCUCCUUUUGAGGCAGGACAUGGAGCCAGACGUGCAAAGACGAGCAAAAGGUGGAGGAAGUUCCAGUGCGCCCCCCGUCUUUAAGAGUAUGGAGGU